GAGAGCCGCCAGAGUGGUGAGAACAUGGAUGGUGAAGCGGCCCGUGGCCGUGCCUCUCUCCUGCUAUUACUCAUGAUGCUGAUCAGCCUCUGGCCAGACCCCCCAACCGGCCACGCUCAGGCCCCACCACGCCUCACACAGCUCACAGCCCGCCGGGUGAACAGGGUGCUGGGCAGCUCGGCCUGGUUGUCCGUGUCCUUGCCUCCGGGGGCACAGGUGAAGGCAACAGAAUGGAGCUUCGCCGCAGGGCCAAGCAGCGCCAUCGUGGUGGCGGAGUUCAACGACAGGGGGUUGGAGCGGCCAGAUCCCAGUGACCGGUUCCAGCAGCGGCUGGAGGUGCCCAAUGCCACAGCGCUGGGCAUCCGGGCACUGCAGCGGGAUGACAGUGGCAAGUACAGUGCCCGCGUGAAACUGCACCCGGCGGUCGUGGAGGAUUACGACUUCCACCUCGCCGUCUAUGAGCCAGUGCCAGCGCCCCGGGCCCACUGCCAGCUUCUGGGCAGCACCCCAGAGUGGUGCAACGUCACACUGCAUUGCCAAGCGCCCAGCCAGGCCGCUGUGAAUGUGACCUGGGGGACGGGCAACCCACCACGCCCACUGCGAUUUGAGCCGCACCAGCUCUCCGUUGAUGGCCGGAGCCUGCGCCUGGCCCUGCCGCCCAGUGCCUGGAACGCCACCUACACCUGCAGCAUCAGCAACCCCGCCGACCAGAAAAGCGCCUCCUUCGACCUGCAUGCCACCUGCCUCCGGGAAGACCGAGACACGUCCUCCUCCAAGCCAGGCUACGUGGUCCUGACUAUCAUCCUGCUGGCACUGAGCAUUGGUGGUGCCGUCUGGUGUUGGCGCUUCAACAAGAAGAAGUCGGCCCAAGCCACUGUGACCCCCCCAGUCCCAGCUGAGCCCAGCUCCUCAGACCCCCAGUACGCGGAAAUCCUGCGGAGGAGCCCUCCAGAGGGCAACGACCAGGCCCUGCGGCACCUGGACGGCACCGCGGAGCGGCGCUCACAGAAGGAGGCACUCAUCACCACCGUGUAUGACCGGAUCCACCUGACCCCAGCAAACGCAGCCGAGGUCACCUAAACCGAGCAACGACCCAGCUGAGUGGGAGCUGCGGGGUCGUUGCCACUCAGCACCCUGGCUCCAGCUCGCCCGGUGCUCUCCUGCCCCAUGGCUCUCCCACCACCUUGUGUUUUGCAACCUUCCCUGUGCCCCCGGAGCCUGCUGGGGAAAAAGGGACUGGAGCUAAAGCAAUGGAGCUGGCUGCAGUGGGAGCAGAGGCUGCAGUUCCCGGGGUGCAAGCCACCGAGAAAAAAGGCCAGAAGGGAGAGGGGCCAGGCUGCACCGGGGGGCACGGCCCAUCCAGAAGGGAUGUCAGCAAAGCAGAGAGCCACGGUCCCCCUCCCCGCGGGGCUGCC